UGUCGGUAAACUCUGAAACUGAAGUUAGUUUGAAUUGUGGAUUUCAGUCGCUUUGACUUCGUCGAUGGAGCGUUCGACUGCGUUCUUUUUUGUUUCAUCAGAUCGUGAAAGCUUUCACUUUUGAUGAGCAAGGGCUAUCAUCACACAGCAUCGAAAGGUUUGGAUAUUUCAGAUUAUAGUAAAAUUAAAGUUGACGCGCAUGUUGAAUGUAGUUACAGAAAUACUUGUGUUGGUUCAUUGAGAUUUUCAUCUUUGUUUAAUAAAUGUUCAGUCGAAACGUUGAACGAUUUGAUACGGAGGUUGAUGGAAAAGUCAAAUUAAUAGCUUAAUUCGAAUUGCAGCGAGUCGAACAGCUAAAAGUGAUGACAUUGCAGUUUUAUUACAAGGACGUUUCGUGUAUCGGCAGGUGAAAGUGUGAUUAGUUAAGGAAUGUAGACACGCGUCUAUAACGAAAUUCUCUUUGAAAUUUUGAAAACGAAGCACAAAGUUUCAUUACUUUUUAACAAAAAAUAAAUCUAUUUUUUAAUGUAGAACUGCGGCUCGACGAUCGGUAGAGGUUGAGGGGCUUCCCGUGGCCGAUCAAAGUUUUUUGAUAUGUAGCUGUACGAAGCGAUUUUCAAUUGUACAGUAAUAAUUUAAUUGCGUAAGCCAAAGUUUGUAAUUUUAUAAGAUAUCCCAUGGUUUUCGGUUGGUGCGAAAAUUGAUAUGGCAAAUCUUGCGUGGGACGUAGCAGCACCGUACUGUUCGGCUUUCCGAUCGUUCGCUAUAACAGUAAUGUCGCCGUGUCUCGGGCUCUUGCGUUCAAGACUUUCACACCAGCCGCAAGGAGAUGGAUUUCUCAUGAAAUUGGAAAUCGUUCGACAACUUCCUGCGAAUUACGUAAGAAAAAGUCGACAACGGUUUUAUUAAAUCACGACACUUCGGCAAUCGGCCACGAUUCACUUUGCGACUUUGUGUCCGAUAUGACGUUUCCACGUUUUUCCAGUUAGCUCCUCAGCGACAAGGAGGAGCUUGGUUCUAAUGGAAAACAACGAAUUGCUGAUCGUUUACGAAAAAUUAAAUUAGCUUCGCUGAGUGAUAAAACUGAUUGAAAUUAUUGUGAAAGAAGAUUUUACGAGCCAUGCUUGCCACUUUUGUCAUCAUCGCCGACUUGCUGCAAGUGAUCGCAGCAGCAGGAGCAACGAUAACCACGAACGCCUCGGUAGAAUGUUACGAGAGAGCCCGCGAUUACUAUCCUUAUCUAGGCACCAAGACUGCCUACGAAAACGUUCACGGAGACGUGACACGACUGGGAAACAGCUGCACACCGGCGCAACUGUGGAUGCUGUCGAGGCACGGAGCUCGCUAUCCCAGCGGAAAGCUCACGUCGCUGAUGCUGAACAUGACGACGCUCAGGGACCGGAUCCUCGAGAACCACCGACGGGGCGCCGGCCACCUCUGCGCGCGCGACCUGGACGAGCUGCGCGAUUGGCAACUGGAUCCCGGCCUCGCCACGGAAAACGCGGACGCGCUCGCGAUGCAAGGCGAGAGCCAGAUGCGCGAGCUGGCCGGCCGGCUGAAGCGAGCCUUCGGCGACCUCUUGGACGCGAGGAGCGCCAAGCCCGAGGACUUUGUCUUCCGAGCGACGGACACCCAACGGACUCAAGCCAGCAUGAGGGCCUUUCGUCGCAGCUUUCUCGAUGCCGGCGAAAGUCUCGUACGGACGGAAAUACCGCCUGUUAACGACACCUUGCUACUGGCAUGCUUGAAAAAGAAUCUGCGAUUGUUGCCGUCGUGCAGGCGCAAAAGUUCUGUCCCGCGUGGGAGACUGGCUACGCGACCGAGCACGUGUCCGCCGAGCGCGACAGGUUCACCGCCGGUCCCGAGGUUCGAGCCGUGCUCCGGACGAUCGGGCGCAGACUUGGAUUCCCCGAGGACGUGGAUUUUCGUGAGUAGCCCCGCCAGGUCGACGCGGCUUCGACCGCGAUCGACGCUUGACUCGCCGGGGCUUUCAGCUACCGUCGAGUCCAUGUACGACGCGUGCCGCUACGAGACUGCCUGGCAUCCGGGCCGCGCGUCCGCUUGGUGCUUGGUGUUUCGCGGCGACGAGCUAAAAGUACUGGAAUACCGAGGCGACCUGGACUACUACUACUUCUGUGGGCCUGGGCGAGCUAUGAGCGCUAAGCUUGGCUGCCGGCCGCUCAGCGACAUGCUCGGGCGCUUCAGGGCUUUGGCGGGCGGAAACUCGACGAACCAGCCGAGAGGAGUGUUCUACUUCGCGCACACCGUCACUCUGCAAACCUUUAUGGCCGCACUGCAAAUGACCGAGGAUUCCCGAUCGCUGCUGGCGAGCAACUACGCCGACGUGCAGGACCGCCGUUAUCGCACGUCGCUCCUUGGUCCGUUCGCGACCAACGUCCUUGCCGUUUUCUACAGAUGUAGCGAAUCGGAAAAACCGUAUAAGGUCACCAUUCAUACUGCCGAGAAGUUGGUGCAAAUGGCUGGCUGCCGGAAUGGACUCUGCGACUGGGACUUCCUCGAGCGGAAGUACACUUCGCCAGUUGAGAAAUGCUCCAUGGAUUUUUGCUACGAGGAAAUCAAUGCCGCAAGCUCCGAAACUCCGAUUCACUCCGAAUUAAGCGCGUUGAUGAUUUUAGCGUUUAGCGCUCGUCUUGUCUUAUAAGCUCUUUCUACGCGAUAUUAUAAUAAGGAGAGCUAAUGAGUUUGUGACUGUUUAAUGCCUUUUAUUCUUUUAAUAAGUUGAAAACUUUUACGCCCUUUUCAAAAUACUUGUAAAAGUUGUUGUGGUGCGUAUUAACAAACCAAAUACCAACUUGAUUACUAUAUUUUCAUUUCAGUUAACCGCAAAAAUGACACUUGAAAAUCCUUUCAUUGCCUACUUUAAAAAUUGUUUAUUUAAAGCUAAAUUUUUGCAAAGAGCAAUGUUCAAUUAAUGUCUCUAACGAGGUAUCAGUUGGUCGUUAUUUUCACGUUAUAUAAUUAAAUCGAUCAAUGCAUAUUAAGUUCAUGCCAACUAUACCGACACACUUUUCGAAUAUUUAGUCGUCUACGAAAAUCUGCAGCAAUCUUUCAUAAGUGUACAUAACGUAUACCUACUAUCGCAUAACAACUGAUCACGUGACUAUCUAUCAGCCAGUCAGAUCACGAAUAAACUAACUUCACUUUGUCAGGUUCUUUUUUAUAAGAGAUGAUCUUGCACAAAAAUAAACAUAGAUGUUGUCUUUAUCUUGUUUCUCAUUCUUACAGUGGUAUAUAUGACAGUUUCAUUUCCUGAUAAUAUGGUCGUUUUACGUCCCUAUAUUUUUUCUGCUAGCUCUGUAUUAACUUCACCAGAAAAUACUUGCCGUCCCAUCUUCAAUCUAGUUCAUUAAUUCCUUGUUAGAUACAUUGAUAGCAGUACUCGUGUUGUUUGUUACAUCUGCUGAAUAAUUUGGAUUCAUUUGCGUGUUUGGACCUUGGCAUGAACAAUUAAAGUAUUUGCUGUGUCUGAAACUUCUUUUGGUUAAUUGGCAUUUUCAGUGUUAUCUGGACAUAUGAAAUAGAGAAUAUAUGUGUCAUAGGUAAUGAGCAUUUUCAAGCAUUAAGUACGCACAUGUUCAAAUCGAACAUUCAUCUAUUUGUCUGGUUCGACGAACUGUUUCGUAUUAUCACCAGAUAUUAAGCAAAAUACUUAAGAUAAUUCCGGCAAAUAGAUGUAUCUCUUAUCAGUUGAUUCCGACUCUACUUUGAAACUUUGUGUACAAACUUUCGUAUGUUCUACGAUAUUAGUAAGACGUUAGUAAUUUGUAAUAGGGCGAUUAGCUUUGGUGAAGUGAUACGAUCUGAAAGAUGCCAAAUCUACACUUAAGUACUGCAGACGUUACUGUCGAUGCUUCGUGUAUACGAGGACAAAUUAUCGCUGAAAAUCAAGAAGAUUAUUAGGCACAAGCAGCUAAUGCAUAGAAUGUGGUUAAUAUUUCUAAAGAUACAUCACCGCCAUCGCCGGUUGAAGAUUAUAUCACAUUCUCAAUUCCAAUAGGUCUAUUAGACAUUUUUUUUUUGUGCUUAAGGGAGGCGGCAUCGGAACAAGCAUUAAGUGGCGAGCGAUUUCAUGUAAAACAAAUUGAUGCUCAUGCUUCGAAGCAAAACUACUGUGACGUUCACGCUAUCGCGAAUCUUUAACUUGCUGUAAUAAGUAAAAUACACGUGUAAUGUAGUUAUUAUCUCAUCUAUGUGUAAUGUGUAAUUUAUCUGAUUGCUUCAAAAUAAUAACGCUAAAAUUUACGAAAGUAAAUUUCUAUCUGCAAUUAAAGAUUAUUUAAUAUUCAAAAUUUAUUUACUAAAAAUAUAUAUUAUGAAAUCCGCAUUUGUCCAAACUC